AAAAGCAUUCUUCCUCAGGGUAACAUCAAAGUUACUAUACAAAAUGUCGUUCGCGAAAUUAUUAAUUCUUUGCCUUACUUUUAUUUGCGCGAGAGGACUAAAUCUAGAAACUCUUGACUGCGUUAUACCAUUUGGAUCACCUCAACAAUGGAGUACUUUCUGGCCGGUGGUAUUCAACCAGCAAGGACAAUUGUUGAAGACAAUGUUAGUAAAUGAUAUUGAAUCUGUAGUGAUACCCAGCAAUACAAAUGUCAUUGUGUCUUGUGGCCCUAAUUAUUUAAAAAAACAAUUCAAAACUGAAUUCGUAAAUGUUCAAUGCCGAGGUGAUGGGCAAUUUGAAUUGAAAAACGGAUUUGAAGUGAAAACUGCGAAGGACCUCGGGUGUGACCUACGAUCAGUGCAGGAAAUUCUAACCGAGGUGAAAGGAUGUCCUCGGGAUAAAACCGCUGUUAAAUUUGGAUUGGUGAAUCCUGUUGACCACAAAGCAUAUAUUAUUGGUGAAGCUUGCUAUUGCGAAACUGCUGGAAAACUGCUUUUCGCUCAUAUCCGCAGAGGAGACCUUCUCUCUUAUAGUUUGGAAAUCAAGGACAAAGAUAUAUUCAAAGCGCCCGCUCCUUCAUCGACUUACAAAGUAGACUUCAUGAAAGCAUUCCGACUAGAUGAGUUCAAUAAUCGUUUGAAAACAGCACUAAAAGUUGAGCAGGUUCCUUUAUUUGAUAUGAGAAACUUUGUAGACGAUCUUUUCUUACCAAACCGACAAUUGUACAGUAUAAAAAAACUGGCUUGGAAUUACUUUGUUUCCCAUGAGCCAUUGUUGAACUACCAACUCCUCAAGCAGGAUAUCGCUGACUUAGAAGGUAACAUCGACAUUUAUACCGGAGCUCAUGGCGUUACUACUCUAAAGAAUAAAAGCGGCGGAAAGGUUCCUAUUUAUUUGGAUCUCGAAGAGAAACGAUUCCCAGUUCCUGAACUCAUUUGGAUUGUUGUGCGUCACGAGAAAGGAGAGGCAGCAUUUAUGGUGUUCAAUGACCCUUCUCUGAACAGCGAAUUGAUUGAAGAUAAACUGAACAUUAGAAGCAAAUGUAACUAUAUGAGUUGGCUGAAAAGAUUAAAGGAGCAUAACAAGCACUCCAUCGGUAGAAAUGGAUUCGUCGUUUGCUGCGAUGUCAAAGAACUUGCGGAAGAAAUUCCUGAAUUUCCAUUACAUAUUUACAUGAGCAGUAAAAAUAUUGAUUAAAUGUUUCUGAUGUUCUCUUCGGUAAUUUUUUCAUACAUAUCAAUGUAGUUUUCGAAAAAAGAUGAAGUUUUAAAUAAAUAAUAUUAUUGGCAGCACAUACAUGCAUACUCCUCGUGAAUACUAUCCGCAUAUUUUCUAGGAUAACCGUUGGUCACUCGAGACUUGCUGUUUUUGCAAAAGUCAGCUUAAAUAAAAAAAAAAAAUUGUAACCUCUAA